CUUCCGGGCCAAGUUGCGUUUCGGAGCGGAAGUCGCGAUGUUGGAAGCCGGUAGUUGUUUUGUUAUUUUGUUUUUUGCCACCGUGUACUCAUUUGACAUGUACACUCGCGGCCACGGCCCAUCGUUGGUGUCACACCCGCAUAAAAAGCGGAGGGCAACCCGAAAACCCAACGCACGCUGAGGGAGACCAACCAUGGGCGUCUUCAUUUCGCGACUUUUUGCCAUGUUCACUGCCAAAACUCCGGCCAGGAUUCUAAUGCUGGGUCUGGACGCCGCCGGUAAAACGACGUUGCUGUACCGGAUGAAGCUUGCCGAGGUGGUCACCACCAUCCCCACCGUGGGAUUUAACGUGGAAACGGUUGAAUAUAAAAAUAUCUCCUUCACUGUUUGGGACGUCGGCGGGCAAACUGUCAUCAGACCGCUGUGGAGACACUACUACUUAAACACUAAUGGCGUCAUCUUCGUGGUGGACAGCAACGACCCUCACAGGCUCAAAGAGGCCGCGGAAGAACUGCACGGGAUCCUGGAAGACGAGUACCUGAGGACGGUGCCGUUGCUGGUGUUGGCCAAUAAGCAGGACCUCCCUCAAGCCAUGACGGCCAGCGAGGUCGCCGAGGGGCUGCGCCUGUCGGGGGUCGCGCAACCGUAUUAUGUCCAGGCGUCCUGCGCAGUGAACGGGUCGGGUCUGGUCGAGGGUCUGGAUUGGCUCUCCAGGCAGAUCCAGAAGCAGUUUUAGCCGACUUCUUCCUGCCGGGUCCUCACCUCAGCGGAAGGGUUCUGGUUCAAGAGUGAAUCAAAUCUGUUUUAUUACAUUCAUAACAAAUGUUUGGUGGAGAUUAUUAUAUUGUACAUAUUUGUUCACAAUAAAAUAGCUACGG